AUGUGUAAUAAAUGGUACGACCCAAUAAUAGACAAAUGGAAUUUUGGACCAAAAAUGAAUACAAUCCGUCAUAGAGUUUGUGCAGCAUUGGUUACAGAUAAUUUAGUGUUUGCUGUGGGUGGCUUGGAUGAUGAUGCUACUGAACCUCUUAGCUCUGUUGAUGUGCUCGAUUUAUCUUUAGAAUCACUCUGUUGGAAACAAAGCGUUGAGAUGUUAGUUGAAAGACAUUGCUUAGGAGUUGGUGUUAUCGAUAAUUACCUAUAUGCCGUCGGCGGAUAUAAUAACAGUAAUUUGGCAUUGGACAAUGCAGAAGUUUUUGACAACAAUACUCAAGAAUGGCGAAUAAUAUCUAGUAUGUCUACUGCAAGAUCCGACCUUGGGGUUGGAGUCCUGAACAAUCUUUUAUAUGCGGAUUUGUUUGCUACUCCUCAAUUCAAUUUUCUAGUCUUGAUACAUGGACACCAGUCGCAAAAAUGUCUAAAAUGUCAAAAAUGUCGGGAAGGUGUUGGAGUAGGGGUUUUAGAUGGUCUACUGUAUGCUGUGGGUGGUAAGGAUGGAUCAAAAACUCUCAGUAGUGUUGAAGCAUACAGACCAAGUACAGGAGUUUGGAGUACUAUUGUGGACAUGCAUAAGCCUCGAAAACGUGCAGGAGUAGUUGUAUUAAACGGUUUAUUGUAUGUCAUCGGUAGAAUUGACGACACUUUUUUUGUGCGUUCUACAGAAUUUUACAGUCCCGAAACCAAAACCUGGACCAUUGUUGAAGCGUCACAGGACUUUUUACAUAGUUCGGCAAGUGUAGUAGCCAUCAAUAGUCUUCGACAUUUUAAUACUUAUUAG